CCACUCACUCCUCUUGCCGCGCCAACACGCCGGCAAGGAAAGUUGAGUCGCUGCCUUGCACGCCGGCAGGGAGUCUAGUCGCUGCCUUGAAGAGACAGCUACUAUGAAGAGUAACAAGCACGUCAUCGUUAAUUUAAUGUUUAUCUCCCUCGUUGCCUCACUCGUCUUCGCGGCACUUCCCAAACGAGCGGGGAGGGAUGCGGGGAGCGAAGGCAUGGCGAUAAUAGAUGUCCUUCUAAAGACUGAUCCGCCGUACGAACAAGACCUUUUUGUUUUACAUAUUAUUAAAAGAUCCUCGAGGUGGGUGCCGUCCCUGCCGCCUGCAUCGCGGGGCGUCGGGGUGUUCGAGGUGGACGGAAACUUUAGUGCGACGCAGACGACCGUCACGCGAGUGUUCGAGGCCGCCAGGCGGCUUCGGAUGGCUUCACGGCACGUGGUGGUGGUGGUUGUGAGCGACGACCUCCCGUUUCUCUCCGUCUUCGCGGAGUGGUCGCUGAAGGGCCGCCUGCUGGUGUGGUCGACGCGGCUUCUGGUCUUAACACGCCUCCUGCCUCAACGCGUCCCCUUCCUGCACAAAGCUCUGUCUUUCUCCAACUCGUUGCUCCUCACCCCUGGCCACGGCCGAGGAAGAGGACCCGGCGUGCAGGUGUCAGUGGUGUCGCCGUACAGUGAGGCGGGCAGUCAACCGCUCGUGGUGGCCACAUGGACGGCACAACGCGGGCUGACGCUCACUUCACAUCUGCCGCUCUUCCCGGAGAAAUUUCAAAAAUUCCCCAGGCAGACUCAGGUGACGGUCGCCAUGGAGCAGAGUCACCUGCACAAGGUGGUGAUGGAAGAUGAUCUCUCCUCGCCGGGGGAGAAGCGAAUUAGUUUCGAGGGCUACUUGGUCACAGCGCUCGACUACAUGGCUCAAGGAAUAAAUUUUACGUAUAUGUUUAAGCGGCCGCCGGAUGGUCAGUGGGGGAACAAGCAGCCCGACGGGACGGUGACGGGCAUGGUGGGACAGGUGUUCAGGGAGGAGGCUCACAUUGGUCUCGGCAUUUUCGCCAUAAACCCCUCGCGGACACAGGUGGUCGAGUUCACGCUGCCAAUGUUGAUCGCAUCUCUGAAAGUGUUCGCUGGUCGAAAGAGUCUGGAAGUGGACCCUUGGGGAUUCUUUCUGCCUCUGUCCCCUCCAGUCUGGGAGGCCACUGUGGCAUCGCUCUUGGCUAUCACCGGCGUCUUGCUCCUUUACUCCAUGUUGAUUGACGACAGAGGAAAAACUGAGGGUGGCAUUGAGAAAACGAUCAUCAACGCUGGAAUACUGUUAGGCCAAUGCAUAGAAUUUAACCGCAAAUGGAGCUGGUGGGAGCGUCUGGUCCUGGGGCUGUGGAUGCUCAUGACGCUGGUGCUGGCCAAGAGCUACGCCGGCAACCUCAUGUCCCUCCUGGCCGUGAGAUACGUCCCGCAGCCCUUCCAGAGUCUGGAGGAUGUGCUCAACGACCCACGCAUCACUAUGAUAUGGCACAAGGAUAGCAGUCCAGCACAAUACAUUUUCGAGGCCAAGGGCGGGAUCUUUUACGAGGUGAGGAAAACAAUAGCGGAGGGGCGCGUCAAGUUCCUCUACAUCAAGGACUACCCGCCAGCUCUGGAGGACGUCAGGCGUGGAAGUCACGUAAUCGUCGACUUCGAUGUGAUCACCACCACCUACAACAUGCAGGGCUUCUCCCUCACAGGCGCGUGUCAUUAUUACUUCGGGAGGAAAGCUGCGGACAUACAGAGGCUGGCUAUGAUCAGUCAGAAAGACAACCCUAUUCUCCUUGCCAUCAACAAGAGGCAAGCCAUGAUUGUUGUUCUCCUGGGAGGGCAAGCCUUCAGCAUCUUCCUCCUGUGCCUCGAGACCCUCCACGCCCGCCUCUCACGCAUCCAUGACGAGGAGUGAAGGCACUGAAAUUCAUAAAAUACUGUAGUUAUGUAAUUUCGUGAAGCAGGACUACGUGACAGUUACGGAAUCUUCACUGCUUUAUCUAUUUUUUUUUUAUUUCAUAUAAUUCUUUAUUUCAUGCAUGUAUAGAUGGACAGUCAUUUAUCACGGCAGUUACUAUAAAUAAAAUUCGCCAGCCCCACUAAAGGGCUGGGGCCGUCCAAAGGGCACCUCAAGACAGCUUACCGGCGCUAUAAACAUCACAAAAAAGUCAAUGAUGGCUCAUAUAAUUCUUAUUGAUGACAAAAUCUAAGUUAGAUAUGUAAUUCACAAUGAAUAUUGAUGAUUAUCUUGUAUACACUCUAUUUGCUCAAAACGUCAUUUCAAGGUAUGCCGCCAACCUAACCCGCCGCAGCGCGAGUGUUUAUUUGUAAGUCAUCGGUGGAGAAACAUUUGGUCUUUGUUGUUAUUUACCGCGUGGCUGUGCUAGCACGGCAAACAUGCACUUGAUAUCUUUUUCAUAGUUCCUUUGUAUUCGAAGCAUGACUGUACUACAGUAAAACAAUAUCAAUAGAGAUCAAAUAAAAACAGCAAGCGUGGCUGGGGGCGCGGCAAACGGCCACGGCCCUCGCUGACUGAGCCCUAUUUAUAUUCUAUGUGGUGACUUUUUCUUCCUUUAACCGGUUAUUUAUCCUCUCAUUUUUUUUCCGUAAACGGAGACCGUCUACGCUAAUCUCUGUCGGAAAAGAAUCGGUUAGAAAAGGAAAUACACGAGGGAAUACACAAAUAUACAUACGUAUACACGCCAACAGUGACUUACUUUGACGGUUUCUCCGUUCCUUCUACAGCACCAAUAUCGCCACUUCAAUUACAUGUUCA